CCUAACAGCCAGCAGGUGUCACUUCUGUUGUGUUUGGGAUUCCGGGGGAGACGGGCAGAGCUUAGGUGAGACAUGGAAACCCGGACAAAUGCAUAGGCACGGGAAGGAAAUAAGGGAGUAAUUGUUUCGUUUGGUUUCGGGUCUUAUUUCUUUUUGCUUCACCUAGAUAGACCCAAAUAAGAUCCCAGUUCAUACCUGGACAGGGAGCGGCUUCGUUGGGAGGAGCAACGGUCAGAGGAGUGAUAACAUUAAGAUAACUUCACCUGCUGUAAAGGGAAGGUCGGCAAAAAACAACCUAACAACAAAAUCUGACACACAAAAUCAGGAACCUGAAAAUAUCGGGAAACAUGGCGACCGGUCAAGCAUCUGUCUAAACCAGGGCUCAACUUUAAAUGGGAAUUAUUUUUAAUCUGAUUUGAGGGAUUUAUUCGUGUGUUUGUGUAACCUGAAGAGGUGCUCAGGUGGAAAAGAUGUCAGUGAAUGAGCUCUACACCAAGUACACAAGGGUGUGGAUCCCUGACCCUGAAGAAGUUUGGAAGGCAGCUGAAAUUAUCAAGGACUAUAAGGAAGGAGAUCCGAUUCUACAUCUCAAAUUGGAAGAUGAGUCGACUAUUGAAUAUGCCAUUAACCCAAAGACCAACCAGCUGCCGUUCCUCCGAAACCCGGAUAUCCUGGUGGGGGAGAAUGACCUGACAGCGCUAAGUUACCUCCAUGAACCUGCAGUCCUUCACAACCUGAAGGUGCGCUUUCUGGAGUCCAAUCACAUCUACACAUACUGUGGAAUUGUGCUGGUUGCCAUUAACCCGUAUGAACAGAUGUCCAUCUAUGGAGAAGAUGUCAUUUACGCUUACAGUGGGCAGAACAUGGGUGACAUGGAUCCCCACAUCUUCGCAGUGGCAGAGGAGGCUUACAAGCAAAUGGCCAGAGAUGAGAAGAACCAGUCCAUUAUUGUGAGUGGGGAGUCUGGGGCAGGGAAGACGGUGUCUGCAAAAUACGCCAUGCGUUACUUCGCUACAGUCGGUGGGUCAGCCAGUGAGACAAACGUAGAGGAGAAGGUGCUGGCAUCCAGUCCAAUUAUGGAGGCAAUUGGAAACGCCAAAACAACAAGAAAUGACAACAGCAGCCGCUUUGGAAAAUAUAUAGAGAUCGGCUUCGAUCGCCACUUUCACAUCAUCGGUGCCAACAUGAGAACUUAUCUUCUGGAAAAGUCAAGAGUUGUCUUCCAGGCAGAAGAAGAGAGAAAUUACCAUAUAUUCUACCAGCUGUGUGCCUCCGCCAAGCUACCUGAGUUUAAGGACCUAGCCCUGAAUAGUGCAGAGGACUUCUUCUACACCACCCAGGGUGGUAACAUCUACAUCGAUGGGGUUGACGAUGCCGAGGACUUUGAAAAGACAAGACAUGCCUUCACAUUGCUAGGUGUCAAGGAAGCUCAUCAAAUUAGCAUAUUUAAGAUAAUCGCAUCAAUCCUCCAUCUGGGAAAUGUUGAAGUCCGUGCAGAAAGAGACGGGGAUUCGUGCAGUAUCUCAAAAGAAGACGACCAUCUCAACCACUUUUGCGAGUUGCUGGGAGUGGAGCAAGACCAGAUGGAGCACUGGCUGUGCCACCGCAAGCUGGUGACUACAGCAGAAACUUACGUCAAGACCAUGUCCAUGCAGCAGGCGGUCAAUGCCAGGAACGCUCUUGCCAAGCAUAUCUACGCCCAGCUCUUCAACUGGAUUGUGGAGCACAUCAACAAAGCCCUUCACACUACCAGCAAGCAGCACUCCUUCAUUGGAGUGCUGGAUAUAUACGGGUUUGAGACUUUCGAAUUCAACAGUUUUGAGCAGUUUUGCAUCAACUAUGCCAAUGAAAAGCUGCAGCAGCAGUUUAAUUCUCAUGUCUUCAAACUGGAGCAGGAAGAAUACAUGAAGGAACAAAUCCCCUGGACUCUUAUAGAUUUUUGCGACAACCAGCCCUGCAUUGACCUCAUUGAGGCGAAGCUGGGUGUGCUGGACUUGCUGGAUGAGGAGUGCAAGGUGCCAAAAGGAACUGAUCAGAACUGGGCCCAGAAACUCUAUGACAGGCAUUCUAACAGCCUGCACUUUCAGAAGCCCAGGAUGUCCAACACCUCUUUUAUAAUUAUUCACUUUGCUGAUAAGGUGGAGUACCAGUGUGAUGGUUUUCUAGAGAAAAACCGGGACACAGUGUAUGAAGAACAUAUCAGUAUUCUGAAAGCCAGUAAGUUCCAGCUGGUGGCCGACCUUUUCCACGAUGGCAAAGAUCCUGUUCCCGCCACAUCCACCACAAAGACUUCAAAGAUCAAUGUCCGGUCUGCCAAACAGAUCCCCAAAGCGACAAAUAAGGACCACAGGAAAACCGUUGGCCAUCAGUUCCGAAACUCACUUAGUUUACUAAUGGAAACACUGAACGCCACAACUCCCCACUACGUACGUUGUAUCAAGCCCAAUGAUGAGAAACUUUCUUUCUCGUUUGAUCCCAGCAGAGCAGUGCAGCAACUGAGAGCCUGUGGUGUGUUGGAGACCAUUCGUAUCAGUGCAGCCGGAUACCCUUCCAGGUGGACAUACCCUGACUUCUUUAACAGAUACAGAGUAUUGAUGAAAAAGAAGGAAAUUGUUCUUUCGGACAAAAAGCUCACUUGCAAGAAUCUGCUGGAGAACCUGGUGAAGGAUCCAGACAAGUUCCAGUUUGGAAGAACCAAGAUCUUCUUCCGCGCUGGUCAGGUUGCUUACCUGGAGAAGCUACGAGCAGAUAAGUUCCGCUUUGCCUGCAUCAUGAUCCAGAAGAGCGUUCGGGGCUGGCUGCAGAAAGUGAAGUACAGGAAGAUCAAGAAGGCCGCCAUGACAAUGCAGAGAUAUGGGCGUGGCUAUCUGGCACGCAGAUUGGCGGAUCAGCUUAGGAAGACACGAGCCGCAAUUGUGUUCCAAAAGCAAUACAGGAUGCUGCGUGUCCGCAGGGCCUACCUGAAGAUUCGAAACGCCACGAUUACCAUCCAGGCUUACGCGAGAGGCAUGUUUGUCAGGCAGCUUUACCAUGAGUUCUUGUUGCACCACAAGGCAAUGGUCAUUCAGAAGUAUGCGAGAGGCUGGAUGGAACGAAAGAAGUUCAAGCGUGCCCGAAAUGCAGCCGUCGUGAUCCAGUGUUCCUACCGGCGUCUGCAGGCCCGACGUGAACUGAAGCAGCGAAAGAUAGAGGCGCGCUCAGCUGAGCACUUCAAAAAGCUCAACGUCGGCAUGGAGAACAAGAUAGUGCAGCUACAAAGGAAGGUGGAUGAGCAGAGCAAGGAAUACAAGAGCUUGAAUGAGCAGCUGAGUGUGGCUAACACGGCUUACUCUGUGGAAGUGGAGAAGAUGCGCAAGGAGCUGGAGCAGUACCGAGGCAAGAAGGGUGAAGGGAACCAGAUCAGCAGCCUGCAAGAGGAGGUGCAGAGGCUCCAGACCAAGCUGAAUAAGGCACAGACUGAGAAGAAGCAGCUGGAGGACAUAUACUACACUGAGAAAGAAGAUCUACUAAAGAGAUUGGCAGAUCUCGAGGAAGAGAAUGCACUACUGAAACAUGACAAAGAAGAGAUGAACCAAAGAAUACUGAGUCAGUCUAAAGACUCUGAAGACCAGGUCACCAGCAAGACACUGAAGGAAAGCCAGCAGAAAGCUGAACUGGACGAUGAGAGGGCGCGCUAUCAGAACCUGCUGAAGGAGUAUUCCCGACUUGAGCAGAGAUACGACAACCUCCAGGAGGAGACGUCCCUGGCCAGGUUUCAUCCAGGACACAGGAGAAACCCCUCCAACCAGAGCAGCCUGGGCUCAGACUCCAACUACCCGUCCAUCACCUCUGAGAUCGGAGACACGGAGGACACCCUACAGCAAGUGGAGGAUAUGGGCAUGGAGAAGGCAGCCAUGGACAUAACAGUGUUCCUGAAGCUGCAGAAGAGAGUGAGAGAUCUGGAGCAGGAGAGACGCAGACUACAGAUUGACCUGGAGAAGAUGGAAGAGCUGGCCAAAAGAAAGGGGAAUGAGGACAAGAACACAGCAGAUCCAGACCAUGAUACAGAUUCUGCCUACAACAGUCUAAAGAGACAGGAAUUGGAAUCAGAAAACAAGAAGUUGAAGAAUGAUCUGAAUGAACUGAGGAAAGCCAUUGUGGACAGAGCCACCCAGAACAAUUCCUCCAAUGAACUUCAAGAUAGCUACAACGUGCUGCUCAACCAGCUCAAGUCAGCCAAUGAGGAGCUGGACGUGCGCAAGGAGGAGGUGCUGAACUUGAGAACACAGAUAGUGAGCUGCUCCCAGCAGAAAGAGCCCAUCACACCCAUUGAAACCAAGAAAAUGCCUGACUGGAGCAACAGUAACAAACACAUGAACAGAGAUGAUGCCAUUGAGGCCUAUCAGGGAAUCUGUGAGACUAACAACAAGGCUCAGGACUGGGGCUACUUGAAUGAAGACGGGGAGCUUGGCCUGGCCUAUCAGGGUUUAAAGCAAGUUGCCAGACUCCUGGAAGCCCAGCUGCAGUCUCAGAGCAGGCAGUAUGAAGACGAGAUGGAGGCGCUGCGCACUCAGAUCGAGGUUUUCAGGGACGAGAUCGAGAGGAAGCAGGAGCUGCUCUCCCAGACCCUGCAGCUCUCCCCUGAGGCUCAAGUGGAGUACAGCGUACAGCAGGAGAUCACACGCCUCACCAACGAGAACCUGGACCUGAAAGAGAUGGUAGAGAAGCUGCAGAAGAACGAGAAGAAGCUGAAGAGACAGCUGAAGAUUUACAUGAAGAAGGUUCACGAACUGGAGGCUGCCGAGCCUGCAGUGCAGCCUGAGAGGCGUCGCCAUGAGCUGACUCGGCAGGCGACGGUCCAGAGGAAGGAGAAGGAUUUCGAGGGAAUGCUGGAGUAUUACAAGGAAGACGAGAACCUGCUGGUCAAAAACCUUGUCACAGAUAUGAAACCCCAGGUGGUAUCAGCCACAGUGCCCUGCCUGCCAGCCUACAUCCUCUUCAUGUGCAUCAGGCACGCAGAUUACAUGAAUGACGACCAGAAGGUCCACUCCCUGCUCACCUCGACCAUCAACGCCAUCAAAAAAGUAUUAAAGAAACACAAUGACGACAUUGAGAUGACCUCCUUCUGGUUGGCUAACACCAGCCGCCUCCUGCACUGUCUGAAGCAGUACAGCGGAGAUGAGGCCUUCAUGACCCAGAACACAGCCAAGCAGAACGAGCACUGCCUGAAGAACUUCGACCUGGCGGAGUACAGGCAGGUCCUCAGCGACCUCUCCAUUCAGAUCUACCAACAGCUCAUCAAAGUGGCAGAGGGUAUCCUGCAGCCCAUGAUAGUGUCUGCCAUGCUGGAGAACGAAAGCAUCCCAAGCCUUUCUGGUGUCAAGCCCAUGGGUUACAGGAAACGCUCCUCCAGUAUGGUAGACGGAGAAAACAGCUACUCCCUGGAGGCCGUCAUUCGCCAGCUGAACGCCUUCCACGCCACCAUGUGUGACCACGGCCUGGACCCCGAGAUCAUUCAGCAGGUCUUCAAGCAGCUCUUCUACAUGAUCAGCGCAGUGACGCUCAACAACCUGCUGCUGAGGAAGGACGUGUGCUCCUGGAGCACUGGGAUGCAGCUCAGGUAUAACAUCAGCCAGCUGGAGGAGUGGCUGCGGGGGAAGAACCUGCAGCAGAGCGGAGCGGUGGGCACCAUGGAGCCCCUCAUCCAGGCUGCACAGCUGCUGCAAGUGAAGAAGAAAACCACAGAAGAUGCCAGAGCCAUCUGCUCCCUGUGCACAUCACUCUCCACACAGCAGAUUGUGAAGAUACUGAAUCUGUAUACUCCAUUGAAUGAGUUUGAAGAACGUGUAACAGUGUCUUUCAUUAGAAAUAUACAGGGUCAGCUACAAGGGCGCAACGAUCCUCAGCAGCUGCUGCUUGACUUCAAACACACGUUCCCUGUCCUUUUCCCUUACACCCCAUCAGCUCUCAGCCUGGAGACCUUGCACAUACCAGCCAGCCUGAACCUGGACUUCCUAACCAGGGUUUGAUUCCUCUGCACUGAACAAGACAUGGCGGUGACAGGCCCAGUCUGCAACCUGAUGAAAACAGCUUGGAUAAGUGGAGGGGUCAGGGCCAGCUUUGAGCUCUGAUGGGACUUCCUAUAUAAUGGUAGCGAGCCUAUCAGAAGACUUCCAACUGAACCUGUAGUAACAUUAAGCAGGGUUUUUAUUUAUUGUCCCUUAAUAGUGACACUUUAUUAUGAUCAAUAUAUGUGACAUAUACAGCAAUGUUGCUUGGUACAGUAGAAAAAACAUGUCUGUGUUUGGAAAUACUACUACUACUAAUGAUAAUAAUAAUAAUAAUGGUUAGGUAGGAAAUACAUUAUUAUUGUUAUUAGUAGUUGUUGUAGUAGAAACAGUACUCACAAGCCACUUAGAAGUGAAUGCAUUGGCACAGUAAAACAUACUCCAACACCCAAGUGGUUAUUAUACUUUCAGUAAGAGUGGGAAACAUUCACAUUGUUGAUAAAUUAAUGAAAUAUGAAGUUAUUUUUUGAAGUUUGCAUUCUUAAUGUCGCUAGGUUGUCCUUGUUUUCCUGCCUCUGAUUUGUCCCUGUGUAUCGUACCCUCUGUCCAUCCAUUCUGUGCCAGAGCUACCCAUUCAACUGAAGUAAACCUUCGUAAUAAAGUGACACUAUAAUACAGGAAGUGGGUACUCUAGAAUCACACAACAAAUAAACCCCAGGCAGGCAUGACUUCUCACUGUAGAGUCACACAAGUUCAUUUAAACUUCAUAAAUGUUACUUGUUUGUUUCAACUGAUGGUGAGAUACAGUACAAUGUUCUAUAAGAUGCCGUAUAGACAUUCUAAAAGGGCUUAUUUUUAAUAUGGAAACAGCUACUGUGUUUAAUGGACUGGGCCACUUGAUUUGACCCCAGGCAUAAUCUUCCAAUUCCUGUACCAACCAAGAUGUUUCUUGUCUGAAUUAACAUAGGAAAUGUUUACUGUGUAGCAUUAUGCUAGCCAUAUCUAAUCUUCCAUUUCAUGUCAUAUGUGGUGCCUGUACAACCCUCAAUGUAACUUGGUGAUGACGGUCAGCCACAUUUAUAGUAAAUGCGCUCUUUUGAAUCAUCUUUGUUGUGAGUAUAUUAUUUGGUUCGUGCCUAAUCUGGUGAUCUGACAUCUCCAUCUGUGUAGAUGCACCCCUUUAUGUAACGCUGGAUGUGGCUCAUGAUAGUCUCAUUCAGUUGUUCUGUAAGAGCAACCAACACUUAUUUGCCACAUAAUUAAUAUACUGUACCAGUAAGGCAAGCCAAGCAUCUAUUACAUUUGCAAUGAACUUGCAAAUCUUGACGAUCCGUCAAUGGCUUUGUUUGUAAUUACAUACAUAUAGCAUACAGUAUCCUGUACAUGGUUGCUUGUAUUCUGUUAGGACAUAUUCAUGAAGAGUAAAUAUCAUAUACUGUAUGUUUGAUGUGUUUUGAUAAAUCAGCUCUUGAAAUGGAAGAUAGAUCACUGUGUUUCAUGCAGUGUCUACAAUUCUAUUCAGAUAUUCUUUUGCUUUUUAAAAUGUUUACACCACCUCUGUUCCAGUUCACAAUUCUCCCUUGUGUUCGGUGGGUUCAACGCAUGUUGAUAAACCAAGCCUUACAGAUCAUCUUGUGCCACACUGUGGAAGAUGCAGCGAUGGGUACAAACACAUUGGAAUGUCUUUCCUUUCUCCACUGUUGUGCACAAAGUGAAUCUGGAUACAUGACUGGUGUAUUUAUGCCUGUACUGUGAUCUUAGCAGUAAAACUAUACAGAUGUAAAAUAAUGUGUAUACAAAUCAAACCAUAUGUGUGUGUGUAUAUAUAUAUAUAUAUAUAUAUAUAUAUAUAUAUAUAUAUAUACAUACAGCUAGAUUUAUACUAACAGUAUGGUUAGCUAGCUCAAGUUCUGUGACCACCUAACAGAAGUUCUAGAUGAUUGAAAGCCAGUGAUUUUUGUUUAUCUUACAUAAUGAUAAUAUUGAAAGUGGAGUUCAAUAUCACAAAACCCCAACAUGUUUAAAUGAAUUGGCACAACUGACAGUCGCUGCUGAGGCCAGGCCAGGCCUGCAUGUCAGAGGUAGUUGUUCUGGUCAGGAUUGAAAGUGAGUUGGUGAAGCUCUGUGGAGAUGCUCACAUGGUGCCCACCGGUACUAUCCCUUGCGUUAGUGUCUUUGUCCCUCAUCCUUCAUGAGCACGACACAAACAUUGUGUGAAUUAUUAUAUAUAUAUAUAUUUAUAUAUUGCCUUCAAAAGGGGUGGGUGGGGUAUAUUAUAAUAUCUGUAUAUGAAUUGUACUUAUGAGAGAAAAGUGAUUCAAAUUAAAAAUUAUGCUGAUGAAAAGUUUUAUCUUUUGAACAAACAUGUAAACUACACAUUCUUUCUGAAAACAGUCAUAAAUAAACCUCUGGAUAUAACAAUUAAAAACAUUUUAAAUACA